AACCAUUCUCUCUCUCUCUCUCUCUCUCUAAAACCCCCCUCUCUCUCUCUUUCUCUCUCUCUCUCUCAUGUGAAUUACAGAUCAGGCCGCAAAUAUACCAUUUCGAUAUUUGGACUUUCUCUGGCUAUGGUGUUCGAUGGGGCUUUGAAUUUCUAGGGUUUGUGUAGCAUUUCUUGCUCUCUGGCUCUGGGCUUGUAUUUUCGAUGUCGUCUGCUUCGUCGUCGUCCAAGCUGUGCUACAAUUCGGAGUGCAAGGAGCUGAAAUCGGAGCGGCCCAGGAAGGGCUGGAGGCUCCGGACCGGCGACUACGCCGAGCUCUGCGAUCGAUGCGUUUCUGUUUAUGAGGAAGGAAGAUUCUGUGAGACUUUCCACUUGAAUGCUACUGGUUGGAGGUGUUGUGAGACUUGUGGGAAGCAAGUUCAUUGCGGAUGUAUUGUUUCAAGUCAUGCAUUUACGUUGUUGGAUCCUGGAGGGAUUGAAUGCAUGAAGUGUGCAAGGAAAAAUGUCCUUUGGAAGAAAGAAGAAGUUACCUCAUCUUAG